CAGUAUUCCACGAACAAUGACACUUGGGGUGUCUAAGGGCUGAACGACGCAGAGAUAGGGGGACCAUUCGGAAUCUGCGACUACUGAGGAAAUUGACCUUUGGUUCAACCAAACAGAAAGCUUUCAACAAUGUACUGGAGUAGAACAAGGGAGCUUUGAAGAAAGCAUGUAUCUGCAUUUGAAGUCGGCUUGGGACAUUAUUCGGCGUCCAGGGUCCCAAUGGUAUUGCUUCUUAACUCAAAGACUGACUGCAACUGCGGAAUGUAUGCUGACGAUCAUUGUUGGCAACUGAGGCGAGAAAUUUCCAUUGAAGAAUCGGGGCUGCUCUGGCCCAGUGAAUAGUUUACGUCUCCUGAGCGGCUUCAAUUGAAACUCAGCUGACGGAGCAAAAAUGGAUGUUUUUGGUGGUGCACCUCGCUUCCUGGCGUAUCCCAGACCGGUGUUGGUACAGAGUGGAGCUGAUGCAGUCCUAAAGUGUCAGAUCGGUGGUGAUCCAAGACCUGCAGUCAUAUGGGAGAGGAAUAAUGAAAAGAUCGACCCACAAGGACGAUACAGAGUCUUCGAGGAUGGAAAUGUUUACAAUCUGAUCAUAACUGCUGUUGCCAUUGAGGAUAGCGGGCAGUACAUAUGCAAAGCAAAAAACGGCAUUGGUGAAACAUAUGCAGCGGCCACACUGAAGGUGGAGGGUGAGGCACAAGAAAUGGAGUUAAGAGAAGAGAAUAAACCACGAUUCCUUAUCAAACCCCUAUCUACUCGUGCUGGACGUGGAGAAGAUGCAGUCUUCUCAUGCAAACUCUGGGGAAAUCCACGACCCGAAGUUACCUGGGAGAAGGAUGGCAGAAAACUCAGUGAAAUAUUUGAAAGCACUCAUUUCAGUGUGAGUUACCAGGAUGGGGGAUGGUUCCAGCUCAAGAUCUUUAAAACUCGUGCACCAGAUGGUGGUGUAUAUACAUGUAAGGCAAGGAACGAAUUUGGGGAAGCAUUGGCAGGAGCUGUACUGCUUGUUGAUGCAGGCCCUGGACAUGAGGACGAUGGAAAUCGGAAUGGCUACACAAAUGGCCACAGAAAAGCUCAUCAAGGAAAACAGAGGAGCAGUAGGCAGAUGUCCACUCAACACAAAGACGAAACAACGACCAGGUCGACGAGAGUAAAAAUGUUUGCAGUGACAGAGGGAAAACAUGCAAAAUUCCGCUGUUUUGUGACUGGAAAACCCAAACCUGAAAUCAUUUGGAGAAAGGAUGGAAGAUUGAUACUCUCUGGAAGGCGUUAUUUGUUAUAUGAAGAUAGAGAAGGAUACUUUACACUCAAGGUCCUGUACUGUAAGCAGAAGGAUAACGGAGUCUACGUUUGUGCUGCAUCCAAUACAGCAGGCCAAACCCUCAGUGCUGUACACCUCUCAGUAAAGGAGCCCCCUGUGCGGUUCAAACAGCCUCUCAUUGAUCUUGAAGUAUGGGAGCAGGACUUGGCUGUUCUUGAGUGUGAAGUUCCCGAAGACUCUGUUCCAAUCACAUGGUAUCUGGAAGAUAGACGACUACAGCCAGGAGCCAAAUAUGGAAUGGAGGAGUGGGGAACAAAACGCCGACUAACUAUCCGUGACAUCGGAGUAGAUGAUGACGGAAUUUAUCUUUGUGAGAUGCCUGAUGGUGGAAGAAGCAUUGCUGAGGUAGCAGUGAAAGGUCCAAUUAUGCGUAAGCUUCCAAGGAAAGUUGAUGUCCUGGAAGGGGAAAACGCUGCUUUUUGCGUUGAGGUGGAGAAAGAAGAGAUGGAUAUACACUGGUACAAAGAUGGUGUUGAGCUGCGUGAAACGCAUCAGACCAUCCUGAAAUCCUUUGGUCGAACUCAUAUUCUGGUUUUUGUCAAUACAAUGCCCCAAGACUCCGGUUACGUGACUUUUUUUGUUGGCAGAUCCAAAACUUCCUCUCAGCUAAGAGUUAAAGCGGCCAAACAUUGCCCUCCUAGUAGUCCAGUGGGAGUGCAGAUCAAUACAGAACGGGCAAAUGCAGCACUUCUCUCAUGGACUCCAGCUCAGGACUCACGGAAAAACCCUCCAUCUGGCUAUGUAUUGGAACGACAGGAAGUUGGCACAGGUUCACAGGAGUGGCUACAGUGUCUCACCACUGACUCUGCUACCUCAGUGGAGAUCCUUGGCGAUAGCGUGCCAUGUGAAGCUGAUUAUAGAUUCCGUAUUUGUAGUGUCAACAAAUAUGGCAAGAGCAACAAUGUGGAGUUCCCAAGAGCGGUUCACUUGGUUCCGGUAGCCAGAAUACAAGCCCCCUUGCAGGAUGCACUGGUGCCAGAAGGACAAGAUGCAGUCUUUUCAAUUGAGUUAUCCGCGUCUGUUAUUGGAUCAUGGUUUUUAAAUGGUACACAGCUUCAGGAAGAUGAACGUUUUUCCAUGCGUCGCUCAAGGACACAUCAGUCUCUUCGGAUUCAAGGGGUUCGAGACACAGAAAAUGGAGCUGAAAUAACAUUUAUUGCAUAUGGCAUCCGGGAUUCAGCAGCACUGUAUAUUCAGGCUCCUCUCGUCAAGUUCUCACCACUGUCGGAAAUGGAUCGAAACAAAUUUGUUGAAAUUGGGAACCCCAUUGUGCUCUACUGUGAGCUCUCAGACCCUGUAGCUCCGGUGCACUGGUAUAAGAAUGGGGUGGAAUUACAAACAACAGAUGGUCUUCAUAUCCAAUCAGAGGGCACCAUGAGAAGAAUUGUCAUCCAAUCAGCAGAAUUCUCACAUUCAGGAGUGUAUUGCUGCGAUGCCAUUGAUGACGUCAUCAGGUUCAAUGUGGAAGUAGAGGCUCCAUCUGUGAGGUUUUCAGCAACUCCUGAAGCUGAGAGGAACAAAACCAUCUAUGCAGGCUGCCCUAUUAUUUUACAAUGUGAGCUGUCAGAUCACGAUGCUCAGGUGCACUGGUACAAAGAUGGGGCAAAGCUCUUUCCUCAAAGUGGAGUAGAUAUUCAAACUGAUGGCUUGGUGAGGAAGUUGGUUAUUCCGUCAGCUGACUUUUACCACUCUGGGUUGUACUGCUGCAAGACAAAGGGUGACACCAUCACAUUCAGUGUGAACAUCAAAGCUCCACCUGUGAAGUUCUGCACAAUUGCUGAAGAAAUGAGGACCAAAUGGAUUGAAGAGGGGAGUCCUGUUGUACUCCAGUGUGUGGUUUCUGAUCCGGAGGCCCUUGUUUGCUGGUUCAAGGAUGAAACAGAACUCAUGUCAGACUCAGAUUUAGAAAUCCAUUCAGAGGGAAACACAAGGACACUAGUUGUUCAGUCUGCAGAGCUGUGCCACUCUGGUGUGUACCAAUGUACAACAAAGGAUGACACCAUGGACUUUCAGGUGGCGAUAAAAGCCAAACCAGUGAUGUCCUCCACUGACUUUGACUUCGAGAGAACAAUGUCCUUCGAAAUGGACACACCUAUGGUGCUGGAAAGUGAGAUUGCAGACCCCACUUUGCCUGUACAAUGCUAUACAGAUGGUGUGAAGCUCUUCCCACUUGAAGAGUGGAACAUGCCGAGUCAAGGCACAUUGAGGCAACUCAUUGUUCCUACAGAACUCAUGCAUUCAGGGCAGUACGACUGUGAAACCUCAGAUGACACUGGCCACGUCGCUGUGGAUAUUAAAGCGCCGUUGGUGCCGUUGUCACCCUCACCGAAGUGUGUGGAGAAGCAGUCGCUUGAGGCACCUUGCCCUACCGAACCAGCUUGCGAAAUCGCAAACCCUGCUGCCCAGGUGUCACUGCAGAAGGCUAAAGCAACAGAUUUAAAUUUGGAACAAGAUUUUAAAAUGGAAGCCAUCAAGAAGACCCUUGUCAUUGAACCAACUCAUCCAUCAAACUCUGGAGCAUACUAUUGUGCAACAGCAGAUGAUGUUGCUCCGUUAGUUGUAAACAACCAAGUGCCGGCUGUGACAUAUGGUCCAGAUGUCCAAAGGGCAGAGUCUGCUGAAGUGCCCUGCCCAAUUGUUCAACAAUUUGAGAUUUCAGAUCCCAUUGCCAAAGCUUGUUGGUACAAAGAUGGAACCCCAGUCUCCCCCAAAAUGGAAUCUUUCUUUGAACCUGAGAGCAGCAUCCAAGUUUUUCCAUCUCCAGUCACAUUUGACGUGUCUGAUGAUGCAGGUUUUAGCUGUGAAACAUCUGGUGCACCAUUAAAUGAGGACAUAAAAGCAGAUCAGUGUCACUAUGGUGAUGAAAUUGAUGAGGUUUCUGAUGCAUCAGUCCAAAUCACUGCGGAUGUCAAAGCUAAACUGCCAAGGUUUGCCUCUGAACAAGAGAAGAAGACCUCAACUCAAGGAGCUUGUUUUGAGAAGUGCCUUUUCUCAAAGCACAAGUCUGGCAUCUUCAACAACAAGAGUGGAGAUUCUGUGACAUAUGAAGAACAUUCCAGGCAUAAGACAACUCUGCCAGCUCUUGAAAAUACAACUGAAUGGAUUUCAACAAAAGAUCAAAAAGAACAUAAUCAACGAAGAGUAAAUACCGAAUUUCCAUCUGACUGCAGCUCAGUAAAGCCAUCUACCAUGAAACAUGACAUAUACCAUCACACUAAACAUUUCACAGAAUCCCAAGGUGAGAAAUCGUUUUCCCAUAUACAGGAGACAGAAGACCCUCAAAUUUCUGAACAGCUUAUUACUUCCUUGCAGACAGCUGUCCCAUCAGAGGUUUGUAAUUUUCUAAGGAGUGUUGAAUCAGAGGAUAAUAAUCACAAGAUUGUAACUGGCCAGUUAGAAGAGCAUCAUAGCUCAGCACAGACGGCUGUCCUGUCAGAACUAGGUAACCACCAAAAGACUUCAAAUCUCAGGCCAAAGCCCUUUAUUAAUGAUUUAGAGCCUGCAACUGUCUCAUUAGACAGGUUCUAUAUUUCUGAAAAAAGUCCCCACUCCAAGAAACUUUUUAGCUCAUUACAGUCCGCAACGUUUCAAGCAGAAGAGCGCUACAAUUCCACAGAGAUGCCAGUCAUAAUGACAAAUCGUCUUAACUGUAUCCAAACUGCAACACUCUACUCAGACAACCCCAGUGACUUGAUACAGCCUGACUUUUACCAAUCUGAGGACGUGAAUAGUCAACUGGGUAGCUCAACUGUCUCCUCAACAACAAGUAAUGCGCCUGGCUCUUCAUGUUGUUUGGAACUGUAUGACUCUCAGUGUCCAGAAAUUAUGCAACCAAAGGGGAAUUCCAAUUGCCAAACCUCAUCUGUCAAACCAGAAGAAAUCUCACAAGCAGAACAGGCUGGAUGUACCCAACAAUAUCCGACCUUACUGAAAACAACAGUCCAGACAGAUUGUCAUCACAAUACAGAUGCUGCAAAGGACCAAAUAUGCAGCACGCUAAAUUCUGGGAAAGGAUCCUCAUGGCUGUUUUCAGGUUCUGCCUGUUCCAAGCAGACAUCCCAUGUCCAAUCGGAUGAGAGCUAUCCAACAGGGACAUUUGACAGUCACAACAUUGUCGCUGCAAAUAAGGUGGCUGUUGAAGCUCCACCUGUGAGAAUUUCAACACCAUGUCAGACUGAGAUGGAACAGUCAGUGGAAGUUGAUGAGCCCACAGUACUGUGGUGUGAAACGUCUAAUCCUAUUUCUGAAGUCACUCGGUACAAGGAUGGAAUAAAACCACAUGAAGAGGCUGGGCAAGACAUGCAGGUGGAUGAUUCCACAAGAGAAGUGACUUUACAUUCGGCCGCACAGUCUGAUACGGGGGCUUACAGCUGCAUGCCAACAGACGAUAGAGUGCAGUUUCAAGAGGAUGCUAAAGUUCCACUUCAGAAGUUUUCAGCUGUGUCAGAGGCUGAGCAGAAAAGGACAGUCAUGGCAGGCUGUCCCGUUGCUCUACAGUGUGAGCUGUCAGACCCCACUGGACAAGUCACAUGGUACAAAGAUGGAACACAGCUCCUACCUCAAAGUGGAAUAGACAUCCAGUCAAAGGAAAACUUGAGAAGUCUAGUUAUUCCAGCUGCCAAGGUAGCUCAUUCUGGCGUAUACCGUUGUGAGUCGAAGGAUGACGGCAUUCAGUUCACUGUGGAAGUAAAAGCUCUUCCCACGAAGUUCUCCGAGCUUCAAGAGGCAGAAAGGAACAAGACCUUACAAGAGGGCUGUGCCAUUGUCCUCAGCUGUGAGCUUGCUCAGGAUUCUGACGCUUCCGUUGACUGGUACAAGGAUGGGAUCAAACUACAUCAACAAAACAAUCUGGAGAUACAAAUAGAGGGUCGAAGAAGAGCACUUUUCAUCCCUUCAUCUGAGAACACACACAGUGGCAUUUAUAAAUGUGUAACAGCUGAUGACACCAUCACAUUCAAUGUGGAUGUAAAAGGCCGAUUGCCACAAAUUAUGCCAAUCCCACAAUCUGAGAAAUACAGGAUGAUUGCAGUUGGUUCUCCAAUUAUGCUCCAAUGUGAGGUAUUGGAUUCUGCUGCCCAGGUUUCCUGGUUUAAAGAUGAGACUGAGCUUUUUUGCAAAACUGGUCUUGACAUGAAAAGAGGCGGCAGCCUGAGAAAAUUAAUAAUUCACUCAGCUAAGAUGUCAGACUCGGGCCUCUACAGCUGUAAACUUGGUGAAGAUGUUGUGACAUUCCACGUGGACAUUGAAGCUGCUCCUGUAAGGUUUGCAGCAAUUCCAGACAAAGAAAAAAACAAAUUGGUAGAGGCAGGCUGCCCAGUUAGGAUGCAGUGUGAAGUCUCAGAACCAACUGCCCAAGUCCAGUGGCACAAGGAUGGAGAAGAGCUGUUUCCAAAGGGUGAUUAUGAAAUCCAGACUGAAGAAAAAUUGAGAGCGUUGGUCAUUAAAGCAGCAGAAGUCAGACACUCAGGGGUGUACUGCUGUGAUUCCGCAGAUGACCACAUAGAAUUCAAAGUGGAUGUUGCAGCUGUCCCAGAAGUUAAGGCGAGGCAGUCGGUUGAAGCAGGCAACCCAGAAAAAACCCAUUGUGAGGUCUCAGACUCCAUGGGCAAGACUGGCUUGUAUCAGGAUGGAAAAAAUCUCUUUAUGAAAUCAGGAGCAAAGAUCAAUUCAGAAGGCCAUGUGAGGACACCUGAUAUGGACUCAGCAGUGUCUUCGUCUUCAUUUUCUGGGGUGUACAGUUGUAAAACUGAUGAGUCACAUUCCAACGGUUGCUAUACAGAGGUGAAAGCACCACCAGUGACGUUUGCUGACAUCCCAGAGGAGGAGCUUUUCAAGAGCACUGUGGAAAAAUCACAGCUUGAUCUGUCAUGCCAAGUAUCACAGGUUGAUGGAGUUGUCCAGUGGUAUAAAGACGGGGCUGAAAUCCAUUCAAAUGACAAUAUAACAAUGCAAGCAGAAGGCACCAAAAGAAAUCUCUCAAUCCAGUCAGCCCAACUGUCUGACUCGGGCAUGUACAUGUGUCGCGCAGGAGACAACACUAUCAUGUUCAAGGUCAACAUACGAGAACCUCCAGUAAUGAUAAUCUACCCCAAGGAAGAUGUCCACCUUGACCGCCAUGUACCUGAGGAAAUUAUUCUCAGCUGUGAGCUAUCUCGUCCAAAUGGCGUAGUGAGCUGGUACAAAGAUGGCCAAAAGCUCCAGGAGAGCGAGAAUAUUAAACUAAAGAUAGAAGGUCCUUAUAGACGACUGAAGAUUCUGACGAGUGGCGUCGAGGAUUCUGGAGAAUAUGUCUGUGAUACAGCUGAUGAUUCGAUAUUCUUUAACCUCAGUAUUACAGAACCUCCAGUACGGAUUGUAUCACCAAGUCAGUCUCAAAUGGAACUGUGCCAACAAACGUCGGAGAGGAUGGUUUUGAGCUGUGAGAUCUCACGACCACAUGCAGUGGUCCGUUGGUAUCGAGACGGACUAGAAGUAGAGGAGAGUGACAACCUCAUACUGGAGGUGGACGGUGUCUACAGAAGGCUUAUUAUCCCUGAAACAACUGUUAAAGAUUCCGCAGAAUACGUCUGUGACACAAUAGAUGACUCCAUGACAUUCUUUGUAAAUAUAGCUGAGCCUCCUGUUCGCUUUGUCCGUCCAAGAAAGAUGUUGAGCAGAGUUGAAAAAGUGGUUGGAGAAACCAUGGUUUUGGAUUGCGAAGUAUCCAGACCAAAUGCUGUAGUUCUCUGGAAGAAAAAUGGCGAAGAAGUGGAAGAUUCUACAGCUGUCACCAUUGUUGAAGAUGGCGUCAUGCGUCAAUUGACAAUUCACUCACUAACACUAGAAGAUGCAGGAAUAUACGUCUGUGAUGCAAAAGAUGAUGUGAUGGAUUUCCAUGUAAAAGUGCAAGAGUUGCCUGUAACAAUUAUUGGAAAAACCAAUGCAAAAACAGAAAAACAAUUCUUAGUGUCUGAUGACAUUAUUCUAGUAUGUGAACUAUCCAGGCCAAAUGCAUCUGUCUGCUGGUACAAAAAUGAUCAGCGAAUUGACGACACUGAGCAAUACUGUAGUGAAGAGCAGGGUGUUUUCCGUUCAUUGGUAGUCCUAAACGCCUCGCUUGAGGACUCAGGAGAGUACACUUGCGAUGCACUGGAUGAUAAAAUGGUGUUCCAUAUCACUGUUGCAGAGCCUCCAGUUAAGAUCGUUGGAAAUUCUGGCCACCCAGAGCAUCAUAUAUUACUUGCAGGAGAAGAACUUAUUUUAGAGUGUGAGGUGUCUCAGCCAAACGCCACUGUUCAGUGGCUAUGGAAUGGCGAGAUACUGAAACCAGACACUCGUGUUAAAAUUUACAGCCAUGACGUCAUGAGGAAGCUUGUUCUCUCUGGACUUCAGCCAUCAGACUCUGGAAAAUAUGUUUGUGAUGCCGCAGAUGACAAACUGAUCACAAUUGUUGAGGUCCAAGAGGAACCAGUGAAGUUUGUGAAUAAAAAGGCAAAUGAUAAAAUCUUGGCUUACGAAAAUGAGAGUGUAACACUGUGUGCUGUUGUGAGCCAAGACAAAGUUAAUGUGCGGUGGCUGAAAGAUGGCCAACUACUGAACAAGGACAACAUUCACAUCUCCAGUGAGGGUAAUACCCACAAGCUCACCAUUAAUCCCCUGCAGCUGUCAGAUUCUGGAGACUAUGUCUGUGAUGCAAGCACAGAUGAGAUGUAUUUCAGUCUUUUUGUCAAAGAAAUGAAGGUGAAAUUUAUCCGACCACUGGAGAAUGUUGUGUCUUUGAAGGGGAGUAGCCUCACAUUACGAUGUGAGAUCAAUAAGCCAAAAGGAGACGUCCAGUGGCUGAAAGAUGGCCAAGAGAUCUCGCCAAGCCAUCGUUAUAGAAUAAGGGCACAAGGUCGAGAGCGAAGUUUUACUGUCCAUGAAGUGGUGGAUGAAGAUGCUGGUGAAUAUGCUUGUGAAAGCACGGAUGACAGAACUUCAGCUGUUGUCACUGUGAACACUCCCCGUGUUGUGGAGUUCAUAGGUGAACUUCAUAACAUUACAGUUUGCGAAGGAGAAGAUGCAGUAUUUAAGUGCAUGGUUUCACCAGAGGACAUUCAGUUGGUGUGGUGCCUGAAUGGCAAACAGGUAGCCCUGAAUGAGCGCACUGUUGUUUCCAGCAAUGGACUAUGCCACAUGCUCUGUAUCCAUAACUGCAUGGUUUCAGAUAGCGGCAUAGUGACAGCUGAUGCAGAGGGAUUGGUAUCAAAGGGUGAACUCCAGGUUCAAGAACAACAGGUGAUGUUCACCAAGAAGAUGGCACCAGUUACAGCUGAGGAAUACAGUGAGGCAACUCUUGAGGUGGAGGUGAGCCUUGAUUCAAGUGAAGUGCAGUGGAUGAGGCAAGGCGUGCUGCUCCACCCCGGGCCUAAGUACACCCUCAAACACAAGGGCCCAAAGCACAGUCUUACUAUCCACAACCUCGCCAAGUCUGAUCGGGGCAGCUACAGCUGCGAGACCCUUCAUGAUCGCACGCAAGCCCAGCUCACAGUGGAACAUCGAAAAAUCACCAUCAAGAAAGGGCUGACUGACGUAAAGACAAUGGAGAGGGAAACAGCCACCUUUGAGGUUGAAUUGUCUCAUUCCAAUGUGCCCAGCACCUGGUGGAGAAAUGGAAUCCAGCUUAAGCCAACAAAUCACUUCCGAAUGAGCGCCAAGGGACAAGUCCACAGCCUGACUAUUUCAAACCUCUCAGUGGAAGAUACCGCCACCCUCAUGUUCUGUGUGGAGAAUUUGAAAACAUCAGCAAGGCUUGUUGUCAAGGAGCCUCCAGUGACAAUUUUCAGAAAACUAGAGGACCAGAAAUUCCCAGAGGGAGCAAUAUUCUCCAUUGAGUGUGAGCUUUCAAGGCACAAUGUGGACGUGAAAUGGAUGAAGAAUGGUAGCGAGGUGAAGCCUGGCAGAAACGUACGCAUUUAUGCAAUCGGACGGAAGCGAUUUCUUCAGAUCACAAAAUGUCAUGUCAGUGAUUGUGGUGUGUACACCUGUGAUGCCGGAGAAGUGACCACAUGCUGCACUGUGGAGGUCUAUGAAAGAGAGUUGCUGAUCCUGCAGGCCCUGGAGGACGUAAGCAUCCUGGAGGAUCAGAAUGCUGUAUUUGUUUGCGAGAUCUCGGUGGAGGAUAUACCUGGGUUGUGGUACAAAAACAGGGAGAUGAUACAACAAACCAGCACCAUCAAGAUCCGCCAGGAAGGGACCAAACACUUCCUCCUAAUGUGCAAUGUGCGACCAGAAGACUCCGGGGAGAUCAAAUUUGUGGCCAGACACGUGGACUCUGUUGCUCAACUGAAAGUGACAGAGAUUCCUGUCAGCAUUGUGAAACCUCUGCAGGAUAAGACUGCCCUUGAGAAGAGCCGAGUAAUAUUAGACUGCACUGUGUCUAACCCAAGAUGUAGCAUUCGAUGGUACAAAGGCAGCAAUGUCAUCCUGCCCUCGGAACGUUUUGAGAUCAGCAGUGAGGGAUGCUAUCGCAAACUAAUCAUCCAGCAGGUGGUGGUAGCUGAUGAGGGCACCUACAGUAUGCAGGUUGGGGAGCAUACAUGUUCUGCAAAACUGACCGUGGAGCGAAAAACUAAUCCUGAAUAAGAAAAAUAAAUAAAUAUACAGUAUAUACACAGCAUAACUGCACUACUGAGUACUGACAAGUGUCUGUAAUAUAUUGGUUACCUUAUUUAGCUGCUUUAAGAGUCUUUUGGGGGCACCUGUGCAUGCAGGGGCCUGUGCAUGCAAAGAAAUACCAGUUGUUACCUUACUAUUUUUAAAAUUCCAAGUCAUGUUGUCUGCUGAACUCAUGCUUGGAAUAUGAGCCCACUGCAAUACUGUAUAACAUGGUCAAAGUUACAGCUAGUAUUUAAAGUGAACGCAAAUCCUUUACAUAGUAUGUGUGUUCUAUGCAUUUAUGUGUGUGUGUGUAUGUAAACAUAUCUUCAUAGCGCACCAUUGUAGACACAUGCUACCUAACCUCCAAAAUUCAGGGUCCUCAUCAAGAACAUACUGCUAAAUUAUAUGGUUUUAGUAUGAAUGGCCAAAUAUUUACACGCAUAUCAGUUCAAUAUUAAGUGAAAUUUGUUUCCAUCAUUUGAUCUUAUUUUCUUUGACUGGGCGUAUGGGAUUUUGGCAUGUCCCAGACAAUACUCUGCUAAUUUCAAGGGAGUGUAAUAAGUGGUUUAU